CACCAAUUUUCCGAGCUCGGAACCAUGGAGAGCUUGGUUAGCUCGUGAUACGGUAUUUAACCAACCACCAUGUGUGGUGUGUUGUGGGCCACCUCUUACUACCGUGCCAUACGCCCAUACGCGUCCUUUUAUGCACUUCCUUACUCAAGAUUUCAUAUGAGGGAAAUCCGAGGCUAAUUCGUUUUAGAAGAAUUAAUUUUCUGGAUAGGUCGAGAAACAAAAAACAUGGGCAAAAGUGUUUUUCUAUAAGUGAAGCAAAAAUUGGCGUCCAUGGUGUGCCAAAAAGGACAUUUGCUGUACCGAACGAAGCAGAACGGAAUAAUUUGAGAAGAGAAAAUGCUCGACUUCUAUACGGGCGUAAUGCUGAGCGUAUCCUCGCCAUGGAAACAUUGGUUGAUAUGCGUUUUGAACAGGAGUUCGCUAGAAAGCGACCGCCUUUGUGGCCAAACAUCCCUUUGAAGUUCUGA